AUGGAUCCUCAUACUCCAAUUGUGCUUGACCAGGGUACUGGUUUCUUGAAAAUUGGGCGUGCCGGUGAGAACUUCCCGGAUUUCACGUUCCCAUCUAUUGUGGGUAGACCAAUUUUGAGAGCUGAAGAAAGGGGUCAUGUGUCUACUCCUUUGAAGGACAUCAUGAUUGGUGAUGAAGCUAGUGCGGUGCGUUCGUACUUGCAAAUUUCGUAUCCUAUGGAGAACGGUAUUAUUAGAAACUGGGCCGAUAUGGAGCUUCUCUGGGAUUAUGCAUUUUUUGAUCAGAUGAAGUUGCCAACGACAUCUGGUGGGAAAGUUUUGCUUACGGAACCUCCAAUGAAUCCAAUUAAGAACAGAGAGCAAAUGUGCGAGGUCAUGUUUGAGAAAUAUGACUUUGGUGGUACAUAUGUGGCUAUUCAAGCUGUUCUUGCGUUGUACGCCCAAGGUUUAUCUUCUGGUGUUGUUGUUGACUCUGGUGAUGGUGUCACGCAUAUUGUACCUGUUUAUGAGUCAGUUGUUUUGAAUCAUUUGACUAGAAGAUUGGAUGUCGCCGGUAGGGACGUUACCAGACACUUAAUUGAUCUUUUAUCACGUCGUGGUUACGCAUUCAACAGAACAGCCGAUUUCGAGACUGUUCGUCAAAUGAAGGAAAAGCUAUGUUACGUAUCAUAUGAUUUAGAUUUGGAUACUAAGCUUGCAAGGGAGACCACCACUUUAGUAGAAUCUUACGAAUUGCCUGAUGGAAGAGUUAUCAAGGUAGGUCCUGAAAGAUUCGAAGCUCCAGAGUGUUUAUUCCAACCAAGUUUGGUGGAUGUUGAACAACCGGGUGUUGGUGAACUACUUUUCAAUACUAUACAAUCUGCAGAUGUGGAUAUCAGAACAUCUCUUUAUAAAGCCAUUGUGCUCUCUGGUGGUUCUUCUAUGUACCCAGGUCUACCUUCAAGGCUUGAAAAAGAACUAAAACAACUAUGGUUUACGCGGGUCCUACGCAAUGAUCCUACUCGUUUAGAUAAAUUCAAAGUCAGAAUUGAGGAUCCUCCAAGAAGAAAGCAUAUGGUCUUCAUUGGUGGUGCUGUUUUAGCAAACAUUAUGGCCGACAAAGAUCAUAUGUGGUUAUCAAAACAAGAAUGGCAUGAAAUCGGUCCUGCUGCAAUGUCAAAGUUCGGACCAAGAUAA